AUGGCUAGAACAUCUGUGAAUAAUAUUUCUCAACAGAUGAAGGACGUUUCAAUCAGUGAAGAACCUAUUAGAAGGAGGGUUGUUAUGCACUCAAAUACUGCAAUCCAAACUGGAGUUCGAGAUUGGAGGUACUGUCUUGCUGGUAAACUUUAUGCCCCUGGUGUUAUGAUCUGGCAGGAUGUUGAACGGGCUGCUAAAUUCAUUUGGCCUCAUCUAAGGAGACACAAUCAAUGGUUGGUUCAGGUACCUAAUCAUGAAGGAAACGAUUGUGCUGAUAUGGCUAAUCGACGACGUGAAAUGGAAGAGACAGUUCGAGGAUUUGGUUUUGCUGAACCGAUUUUGCCUCCUCAAAGAAACCCUCAGCAGGAAGCUCAACUGUUUUUACAACAUGGUACUGAAAGGAGAAAUAGACUGCGUCAACCCAUUGUUGUAGAACAGCCUCGGCCUUUUGAUGGAAUGAGAUUAUCCAUCUUCUCAGCUACUGAUUCUGAUGUUGCAGCCUCAUCUUCCUACAAUAAUCAAUCACAGCUUCCUUCUUCCAUAAGACCAGCUUCUACACUGACAAGUGAUGGUGCUAGUACUAGUGGUACUAAAAAGCGAUAUCGUCGACCACCAACUUUUUUUAUUACUUCUGAGAAUCAACUUGAAGAUGCUGAGUUUGACAGAGAAAUUAUUAUUGUUGGAGACGCAACUUCAGUUCAAGAUGAUAUUGCUGCUGUAGAAGAGAAUAAUGUUUGA